CCAGAGCCAGGUGCAGAGGUGCCAAAACGAACGGACCUCCCGGCACGAAUUCUCACUCAGGCCGACCGCUCUCGUGCACACCAGGUCGAAGGCGGAGCGUAGAGUGCGACACCGUGUCGCGCGGCGUGUUGUCGCGUGUUGCCACAUCACCACCGAACCCAAGCGAAUUUCGAAGCGUGUCCACCGCGGUGUGUAGAUCGCGCUCGCGCCGAUCGGCAGCCACCUCGCAGAGCUCGUGCAAUAUACGUGGACGAGGAAGCGUGAGAGAAUCCGUGGGCCGCCGCCGCCUGUCUCUGCCCCGCGUAUCAUCAGCCAACAUGACAACUCGUCGUUCCUGAGUCUAUAGCCCACCUCGCGAGAGUAACUCUCCUUUUUCUUCUUUUCUCCCGCGACGCGCCACGAGGAGCGAUAAAUCGCGGAGUCACGAGCGCAGCUGCUACCGUACCCUUGAGCCGAGAGCGCACGUGCGGAUCGCUGGAACGAGCGCACCGACGUUGAUCGCACCGAUUUUCCCGUCCGAGGACCAUCGCGCGACACUAUGAGCGCACCCCAGGCACCGGUGAAACUGCGGAAUGGGGUGGUGAAGCAGGUGACAUCGGGAGACACCGUUGUCAUCCGUGGACAACCUAUGGGCGGUCCUCCACCUGAAGUAACAAUUACCUUGUGCAACAUUACUGCUCCAAAAUUGGAACGUUGGAAAGGAAAUGAUAGCACCGAUGAGACCAAAGAUGAGCCGUAUGCUUGGGAAGCAAGGGAGUUCCUGCGCAGGAAAUUGAUUGGUCAAGAUGUCACAUUUGCCACUGAAAAGUCUGUCAACACAGCCAGAACAUAUGGAACUGUAUGGUUGGGAAAAGACAGGAAUGGCGAAAAUGUGAUUGAAACUUUGGUGUCCGAGGGUCUGGUAACUGUCAAGAAGGACAAUCGCAAUCCCACUGCGGAGCAACAACGAUUAGUAGAAUUGGAAAAUAUCGCGAAAGUCGCGAAGAAGGGAAAAUGGUCGGACUCGCCGAUACCCGAGCACAUCCGAGACAUCAAGUGGACCGUUGACGAUCCUCGAAAGUUGGUUGAAAAAUUUGGCAAGAAACCUAUCAAGGCGGUAAUCGAGUUCGUUUUCGAUGGUUCCACCGUGAAGGCUUUCCUUUUGCCUGAUUUCUACAACAUAACGCUGAUGAUCUCAGGCGUUCGUUGCCCCGGCUGGCCCAAUGGACGUCGCGAGAAUUCCAUUGGCGAUCCUUAUGCAGAUGAGGCCAGAUACUUCGUGGAAUCGCGACUUUUACACAGGGACGUUGAGAUAGUACUUGAGUCGGUCAACAAUAAUAACUUCAUUGGCAGCAUUAUUCAUCCUAAGGGAAACAUUGCUGAAAUUCUUCUGAGCGAGGGUUUCGCGAAAUGCCAGGAUUGGUCAAUCAGCAACAGUAGAUCUGGCGCGGAAAAGUUGUACCUCGCUGAGAAAGCUGCAAAGGAGGCUCGUUUGCGCUUGUGGAAAGACUAUAAACCGUCUGGGCCGCAAAUUGAAUUUACUGGCACCGUUGUGGAGAUCAUUAACGCGGAUGCGCUCAUUAUCCGAACGCAAAACGGAGAAAACAAGAAAGUAUUUCUGAGCAGUAUUCGACCGCCCACUCGUGAAAAGAGGAAUAUCGAGGACAGUAACAAUACUGCUCGACCGAAAGAUUUCAGACCUCUUUACGACAUACCGUGGAUGCUGGAGGCGCGAGAAUUUUUACGCGAGAAAUUCAUCAGGAAAAACGUAAAGGUGGUGGUCGAUUACACGCAACCGGCCAGAGAUAAUUUUCCAGAGAAGCUAUGCUGUACCGUAACCUGCGGUAAAACGAAUAUUGCAGAGGCAUUGGUCGCUCGAGGCCUUGCACGAGUGAUCAAGUACAGGCAAAAUGAUGAUCAACGUUCCUCUCAUUACAAUCUUUUGCAAGUGGCUGAAAGCAAGGCGGAAAAAUCGCAACAUGGACUGCAUGCGAAAAAAGACAUUCCAGUUCACAGAAUAGUGGAUCUCUCGAAUGAUCCCUCAAAGGCGAAAGCGUUCUUGACUUCGCUCAAACGAGCGCAGGGAAUCAGAGCAGUCGUCGAAUUUGUGACGAGCGGUUCGCGGUUGAAGCUCUAUCUUCCCAAGGAGGAUUACGUUAUCACGUUCGUGCUGGCUGGAAUCAGAACUCCGCGUUGUCAGAGAACAUUGCCCGGUGGUGGAGUAGUAAAAGCCGACGAAUAUGGCGAGAAAGCUCUCGCCUUCACUAAGGAACACUGUUUCCAACGAGACGUUGAGAUCAAGAUCGAAAACACCGAAACCAAGUUAAGCGGUUUUAUUGGUUGGUUAACGGUGAAUGACGUCAAUAUGUCUGUCGCUCUUGUCGAAGAAGGUCUGGCAGAGGUUGUAAAUUUCCCAGAUUCAGGAGAGCUCACAAGAACCCUCAAAGCUGCAGAAGAACGUGCAAAAACAAAAAAGCUCAAUAUCUGGAAAAAUCGCGUAGAAGCGCCAGUGGAGACCGAUAAGAUCGUGGACGAAAAAGAAGGACAAGAGCGAAAGAUCGAUUAUCAGAAGGUUGUGAUCUCUGAGGUUACCGACGAUUUACAUUUCUACGCUCAGUUUGUCGAUCAGGGUACUUUAUUGGAGAGUAUGCUUUUACAAUUACGCCAGGAGUUGGCUGCUAACCCACCGCUUCCCGGCGCUUAUAAACCGACCAGGGGAGAUCUGGCGGUUGCGAAAUUCAGCGGGGACGAUCAAUGGUAUCGUGUAAAAACAGAGAAGGUCUCCGGUACCAAUGUCAGUGUAUUCUACAUUGAUUAUGGCAACAGAGAGACCCUUAACGUUACGCGAGUCGCUGAUUUGCCUGCGCGCUUUGCGACCGAUAAGCCAUACGCCCACGAAUAUGCGCUGGCGUGCGUGACCCUUCCAAGCGAUACGGAUGACAAGAGAGCGGCAGUGGACGCAUUUAAAGAAGAUGUAUUAGAUAAAAUUCUGCUCUUAAACGUCGAAUACAAGUUAAGCAACAAUGUAAUUGCCGUAACGCUGGUGCAUCCCAGUACAAACGAAGAUAUCGGAAAGGGUAUUAUUUCCGAUGGAUUCUUGCAUGUUCAAAAGCAUCGAGAUAGGAGACUUACUAAAUUGAUCGAGGAAUACAAGAAAGCUGAGGAAGAUGCGAAGCACAACCAUCGCAAUAUCUGGAUGUAUGGAGACGUAAGGCCGGAAGACGAUGACAAAGAAUUUGGAUUGUAAUUCAUAUAAAUGCUCAAAUUUGGGAUAAGCAUUAUCAAUAUGGGGGAAAAGAAAAAAAAACAGAUCGUGUUAUUAAAAAAAAAAUAAGCAGCAUAAUAUACGAUUCUAUGUUCGCUAAACAUAGAUAAAAGUAACAAUGGCGAAUGUCGAUAUGAAAGCUACAUGUCGCGUUAAUCUCGACGCAAUAUCUCAUUUAUAUAAAAAGACAAUUGUACAUAACGAUUUUAAUAAUUUCUGUAAUACAAUGAACAAAGUGCGUGUGCAAGUAGUCGUUGAACGAGACUAUGCAGCCUUUGGUAUAUUACAUGUAUUUUCAUCGACAUGAACAUUUGUUAUUAUAACUUGGUGCCACAAAUACAAAUUGUUUGAGGACCUGAUAUCUUCAAUCCGAUAUGAAAUCUUUAAUGUGCAAUUCUACACGUUAAAUACACAUUCAAUCAUGUUAGAUACAUUAAUUGCUUUUCCUAUAGAUAAACAAUAGUCAUGUUUUACUCAUGUACGCGCUACUCUUUUCAAGUUUUUAUAUGCAAGGACGGUCAUGUAACUGUAGAAUUUGUAAUCGCAGAUUUUAAUCGGGCACUGAUAGUCAAAAACCGAAAUAAGGAAAAUUCAUAUCAACAGAAUAUCAAAGUAUUUUCAAUUAAUACUACACAUCGGUUCAUUUGGGUAAUACAUCUUUCAACAAUUUCACAGUGAUGCACGUGUGUACGCGCGCACGUGUACGAAUUCAGCAUAAUACAAAACGGGAUAUAUAGUAAUAAUAAUGUGAAGGAAGAAUUGUAAUAUUAUACUGUCUUUCUUGCCACAUCUCUUUCCGAAUGAAUUUCACAUUAUUCCUGUACAUUGCAUAAACGAGUUUCACAUUAAUGUACUUACAAGAAAUCAUUUAUGCACAGUUGUCCUACAAAUCAGUCCUACAAAUUGCAGUACAACAAAUAUAAAAAAAAUUUUAAUGUUUAAAAUAUAUUUACGAAACAAAUGUUAUCUACUGUGUGUUCGGGCGAAGUAACUCGCAAUUUUCUGUGGUACAAAGAAUAUAUAUGUAUAGAUUCUAUGUACCACAGAAGAGACUUGCAUGUUUAUUUUAUCAGAAUUACUAUACACAUAUAUUACAUUAUAGCGUAUCUUUAAUUUAUAUCACCUUUAACUAUGCUGGAAAUAAUUUUCUAAUUUUUUUAGACACUUUGUGAUGUGGAUAAUAAGUUUUGUGAUAUUUUGUUCGUUAUCACGUUAUCAUUGACUGUUGUAAAUAAAAUCCUAUUGAAUAUUUGAUAUACCGUACACACUGUAGGCUCAGAAAGGAAAAGAAAGACUUGUUUAAAUUAUAUUAAGAGUAUUACGCGAUUUUUUCCGAGGAUCCACAGGAUCUGCAGGAAUUUCUGUUACAUUGAUACACUUGACUCCUUUACAUUACUGUUAUAUGUAGCGAUAAUACUUUAUAUUUCGAAUAUUUUUCUCUUUCUGCAAUAAAAUAGAAUAUAUUGAACAAACAGAGAGUAACUAUGUUGUAGAAACGUCUGAAGCAAUGAUCAAGAAGUUUGAAUAAAUGCAAAAGGAAUGUUUUCCAA